AAACCUAAAAAAGUCGGCGCUCCUUCUUAUGAAUCACUGAGUCAGGAAUUCAGUGUCACCAGUUGUAGCAGUGUCAUGAAAAUGAUCACCAUUAAACGUCCUCUAAGAUCAUCAGAUAUCACGAGUGAGGUGAGAGAAAAUAUUGCAUCUUAGCCUCAGAAACAGCCGACAUUAAGCGACGCUACCACUGGUUUCCCCGCCAGAUGAUGUCUGAGAAACGGGCGCAGAAAUUCCAUAUGAAAAUAAACUCGAGCUUUGCUAUUUUUGUUGACUGACUCCCAUAAAUGGGCUUGGUGACAAAUCGCUUCUACCCAGCAAAAAAGUGAAAACUUUACGACAACGAUGAUAAGUGAUUAUAAUUUUGUUUCUUAGUAACCACACUGGGGCUUGACAACGAUUUCUUAGGAACUAAACUCUUUAUUCAUUAGUCACACAUUUUUUUUAGGAAGUCUAGUCGGUGUUGAACAAAACCGCCAGCUAAGGGCUCCUUCUUCAUGAGAUCCAGGUAAAGCGCUUGCGCUGGCCCGGUUUUCGAGAUCUCGCCGCAAUAUCUUUCGCAAAAUUGCGAUCUGACUGCAAGAUCAAGAAAAGACGGCCUAUCCUGGGAUAGAAAAAAUGAACAUUCCAUCUCCGUUACCAGGACGAACUUUUGCAAGUACGUGUGUAGCCUCCCACGCAGACGUUCUUAGGGGUUCGUCACGAACCCCUAAGAACGUCUGCGUGGGAGGCUAGUACGUGCGCGAAAAUUUCGAGUUCAUCACCAUUGGGAACUGAAACAAAGGAAACCAUAACUUUACUAACGUCGUGCGCGCUUUACACCUUACUUUAAAGUGACGGGAAAAAACUACCUUUCCUUUAUAUUUAUUCAAUUAGCCGUCGGCCGCUCCUGCAGAAUUCAAAACAGUUUUUACCUUGAAACGAAACAUCGAGGGCCAAUUAUCUUUCCUCCAUGCGGCCAUGUAAUAUUCUCUAUUUUCUGCGUGAAACAACCCACAUAUGCAAAUAUCUCAAGAUUCACAGAUUGUCGUAAGCCAUAUAUACUUCCACUUUCAAUUGGCCUUUGACAAAUCGACCCUUUUGAUCGACAGUAUACAGUGAUUAUUCUCCGCAGUCUGUCUCGUUCUCAAUGCAGGCGAAGAAACUGCUACUAGUAACAGAAAUUCACCAGGACAUUUGAUUGCAAAUACCCACGGCAAUUUCAACGCAACUAACUAAAAGGAUAAACUAAGCAAUACAGGCUCAGAAAGGGUUCAAAAUUAGAGUUAUUAGAUACUGAGACAAAAAAAGACAGGUGUUUGUUAGACCAUGCAGUAGCACCAGUUUGAUGAAAAUGAAAAUUUUUGACCAAAGACAGCGGGCACCUUGUUCAUGCGCCGCUGAAAUUGGGUGCCCAUUGAAAAUGACACCAUAUCUAUUUAGCAGUUAACAAUACUGCUCCCUUAUGUUACAGUCUUGUCAGUCCUAAUGGACAAGAAAUGUUAACAUGCUUUUAUCUGGUCACAGUAAAAAGAGGCGACUUUUUAAAACAUUAAUAGCUAUAAAAAAUUGCGUCAAUUUGACUGCCUCGUUUACUUAAUGUUAUUCAUCAAAGAACUUAAGCCUACUCAGAGUGACUCCCGUGCAUGAGCACUUGCUUUUAUUGUAUAUUUAUAGAUCAUAAUCAUACUGUAUUUUUUUACCUGAUAAUGAAGCUAAAGCCCAAUUCACUUCCUCUUUUAAUUUUGCUUUUGCACUAGAAUUUUUUUUUUAAAAAAGCUAGUAAUUCAUCACAGGAGCCCAUAACCCAGAGCGAACGACUCCCAUACUAGGCCUAUUGUCACGGAGCGGGAAUUUUGUUCAAAAGUUAAACCACAGAAAGAAAGAUGAAAUUUUCCAUUUAUUUUAGCACUUGCGAGAUCUCGAUUAUGUCGUAAAUACUGUAAACUCGCUACGAGGUGAGUAAAAUUGAGUGCGGCAGCCAGAACACUCGUCGUUGAUUGUAAUGAUUUGCUUCUCCAUUCGAAUGAUGUUAGCUCUUAUAUUAACCCCCAAAAGCAAUUUAACCAAAAUGGUUGGUAAGUAAGUUCAGGUUUUGCAAUAGAGCUUAAAUACUUAAGAUCGCUCCCUGAAAACAGCGGGCAUAAGAAAAUGUGACAUUUAUAUGAUUCAUUGUUCUAAAUAAUCCAGUCUCUUAAUUUGAACGAAUUCAAAGCACUUUGCUUGUGGCAAACUGAAACCUCUCUUUACAUUCUCUGACAUUCUACAUGCUACUGACCUUUUGCUGAAAUUAAUUCUAGUUAUAGACUUCCUCGUUCAAUUAGCCCUCCUCCUCGAAAAUACGACCCUUUUUGAUCGACAGCUACUAUUCGCUAAAAGCUGUAUUUUUUUAGUACUGAGUAAAUGGUGUUCUUCGUUGAACUAUCUUGCGCUUCUGUUAAACAUACAUAAAUUAAACAAACAAUUUCACUAAAGAAAUGAUGUGUUAUGUAGACCUUUCACUCUCAGAAGUUGCCGAAGUCAAUUCGACAAGAUUUCCGAUCUUCAUUUUGUAAAAUGGAGAAAACCAAAUCGUAACAAGUUAAAAUACUGUCGAAUUAAGAAAUUUAUUUGAAUGGUCAUGACCAUCCUAUUUCAUCAACAUGCAAACUCAAAAGUUAGGACCACCAUAUAAGAUCCCUUUAUAAACUCUGGGAGUGAUGCCUUUUUCUGUAACAUAACAUUAUUAAGGUUCAAAUUUUUCGUUGAGACUCAGCCUGGAAGAAAUGACACCUCUCGUUGAUACAAAAGAAGUAUCCAAAUACAAUGUAGCAACUUCAAAGUCCAUUGUCUUCUAGAUGCGAAUCUAAGAACCUCUUUAAAUUCAUCCGUUAAACUGUUCAGCAACUUCACGAUUCGAAAACUCUGCUGCCUACUAGAAGAGUUUAGGGUUUCCUUAGUUUUAUCGUAAUUGUUGUCACCAUUGCACCUAAAUUAUACCGCGCCGCUAUAACAUAACUUAACAUUCUGUUUUUUUCACCGAGUUCUCUGCUUACUGGGGUCCUUUCUUACCUUUUUGACAAGUAUUGUCCUGGCUGACUUAUCUGGAAAUGAGCGGAGUGCAAGGACGUCUGUGCUUAAUUCAGACACUGAUCGCCUCAAAUAAUGGCCUCUUGAUACAGACGAGAUACCGGUUUGCUGAAAAGUGUUCAAAUAUGUCCUUUGCUCAGUUCCAGGGACUGGUUCCCUUUUAAUUUCUUCAUUUGCCACCUUUUUAAUAAGCAGCUCGAAAGUAUGAAGCUAAGUUUUUGUUGUAGAUAGUUUCAGCGCCUUGUUAUUACAUGAACAAAUGUUAACUAUGAACUGCUGUUAUACUCAUCGUUAUCUGACCCAACAAAUCGAGAACAAAGGUGUAAGUUAGAGGAACGGGAAACUGUCAAUGUCAACAUUGAGAUAGCUAUAACGAGUUAAGAUUGAUGGAAGAAGCCCAUACGCCCACAGGCGUCUUUAUCUUAUGAAUUAAAAUUAGUAUCUUAUAAUAAAGUAGUUUCAACGCCACAGCUAAUUGAAACAUUUAAAAUUGCAAAGUACUGUUUGUUGUGUUUAAAAAAAGAAAUGUGUGGCCGGGCAAAAUGGCUACUUCUUAUAUUGAAGAAACAGCUCAGCUCGUUCUCCAAUUUUGUUGUUGUUGUUAUUGUUUUGACUGAUCAAACAACUGAAACAACUUUAUUUGUAUCUAGUAAUUUACAGAUGAUACUAAUUUGCAAAAAAAAAGAACAUUUAAGUAUAGAUCCGGCAACUUGAUCACUUUCAUUGGUUUAUAAUAGUGGCUCUGUUGUUCGGUUUUUAAAAGCUAUCUUGUUCAGUAGCGUUUUUUGCAUGCAUUAGUGCGUGUACUUAUAAUCACUCAAUUGCGGAUUUUUAGUCAUCAAGGCUUUCUUUAAUGAGCAUGUGUUCUAGAGAAAAACAGAAAUUCACCAGGAUAUUUGAUGGCAAAUACCCACAGCAAUUUCAACGCAACUAAACUAAAAGGAUAAACUAAGCAAUACAGGCUCAGAGAGGGUUCAAAAUUAGAGUUAAUAGAUACUGAAACACAAAAAGACAGGUGUUUGUUGGACCAUGCAGUAGCACCAGUUUGAUGAAAAUGAAAAUUUUUGACCAAAGACAGCGGGCACCUCGUUUAUGCGUCGCUGAAAUUGGGUGGCCAUUUAAAAUGACAUCAUAUCUAUUUGGCAGUUAACAAUACUGCUCCCUUAUUUUACGGUCUUGUCAGUCCUAAUGGACAAGAAAUGUUAAAUGGUCACAUUAAAAAGAAGCGACUUUUUAAAACAUUUAGCUAUAAAAAACAGAAAAAAUUGCGUCAAUUUCACUGCCUCGUUUACUAAAUGUUAUUCAUCAAAGACUUUAAGCCUACUCAGAGAGACUCCAAUGAGCUAUUGCUUUUCUUCUAUUUAUACAGAACAUUCAUACUGUAUGUUUUUACCUGAUAAUAAGGUCCGAGAACGUCGGAACGUCGUAGAGUUUUUGACUUUUUUAAACGAUUUCUUAAAAUAUUUUUAAGAAAAGUUUUAGCGCAAUUUUUUAUAGCUAUCUGGUCACAAAGAGACAAAAUACAAUUGCAACGAAUAUCACGUAUAUUACUGUAAACUAAAGAUUGAUGUAUUUUGGUCAAAUAAAAACUUUUCUGCCAUAAGGCCACCUGGCCUCCGCCUCCGCUCACUACCUCUGCAACUCACCACUCAAGUCCCACGCGUCCCAACUACGAUUCGGGAACAAAAUAUGAAGAUAUCCCCCUAUGUAGGGUUCAGAGCUGAUUGACCGAUAGUUGGUAUAAUAGUUUAGAAGUUUGACAAAAACCCUUAACACACUGCAUUCCCUAGACGUCGGUUGUUCAAACGUUGGAUACCGUUAUCCAGCGGAUAAGUAUUAGGGAAAGACCAAUUGCCUUAUCCACUGGAUAGAGAUCGGGUUUAUCCAGUAGAAAACCUUAUCGAACUUUCGAACCACUAGGCCUAGAACGUAAACUACUUUUCUUUUCCUCAAAACUCUCAAAAAGUCUCAGUGGGAGAAGUUGCUCCAAAACGGCUUUAUUGGAAGUCCCCUCUUUCGUGGUGCAUGGAAACGAGGUGCUCAUGUACCGCUUUUAAUUAAAUGAAAUAGAGGCAACAACAACAAAAAAUCCAAGUGGUGUUGCAUGCAGUUAUCAUAAUGUUUUUAUACCCUUUGAACCUUCAUAAAACUUGUCCGUCCAAAUAAUUUUCUCUUGCUUUUCUUUUUCAGAGUACAACUUUUUAGGUGGCUAAAAAUAUAUUGUAUCUGUCACCUGCUGAUUUGACUACUUUUAAACCAUUCUAGAAUAUUAUUCAUCAUACCACAUCUAUAUAUGCCUCGCUUUCAUGUCAUAACAUAUGAGUGCAAUAUAGACAGCCAAUUCGAAGGUCUAAAUGAUCGAGCCAAGCUUGUUAAACAAAGUAUAAGCGCAUAAUUUUGAUCUAAAAAAGUAUAUUUUCCGACUUUUCCGCGAAUUUGCCGACAGAAGUUCUCUUUUGCGAAAGUUGUGCCAGUCUAUAAAGUGAUUCUGAAUGUUUACUAAAAAUAACGGCUUUUAUUAUUUUUUUCCUGCAUGAAGGGCUUAAUAUUCACAGUCAGGUGAACUGAGAGCUGAUUGUUUUGCUAACAAAUUGUGUAUUCAGUAAAAACCUACGAUACGGCGGCAUUUAGCUAGGUGAGACAACCUAUAGUGGCCGACAACUGCCAUUCGUCAAAACGACAUUAAUUUGUUAAUUUUACAUUGAACUUUAAUUAUUUUGAGUUGAAAAUGAAGCAAAAGUUAAACGCAAAGUUAUUUUCUUUUCUAUUGAAUUGAAAAUAGAUUCUUUUUUAAUUAUUAUCAUUUUCAACACAAAACAAAACAUUUUUAUUACGAAAUGAAAAUAAAAGUGAAAUAAAAGCAGAAGUAAGUGAUAUAUUCACGGUCGGGAACUGCCAUUCAAAACAGAAAAAGUAAAUUAAAAUUAGUAUGUUCAUGGCCCAGGCCGGGAACUGCCGUUAAAAACAGAAAUGUAAAAUUAAUAUGCUCAUGGCCGGGAACUGCCGUUCAAAACAGAAAUGUAAAAUUAAUAUGUUCAUGGCCGGGAACUAGCUGCUUUUCAAAACAGAAAAACUAAAGUUAAUCUAUUCAUGGCUGGGAACUGCCGUUCAAUAAAAAGAGAAAGAAAGAAACGUAAGACUACUGUCUCCCGCCAAAAGUCUCAGGUUUCUUUCCUUUUUUUUUUUUUUUGAACGGCAGUUCCCGGCCAUGAACAUAUUAAUUUUAGUUUUCCUGUUUUGAAUGGCAGUUACCGGCCAUGAACAUAAUAAUUUUACUUUUUCUGUUUUGAAUGGCAGUUACCGGCCGUGAACAAAUUAGUUUUACUUCUGCUUUUAUUUCACUUUUAUUUUUAUUUUCAUUUCGUAACAAAAAUGUUAUGUUUUGAAAAUUAACAAAAUGAAUCUAUUUCCAGUUCAAUGAAAAGCAAAAUAAUUUGACGUUCUACUCUCGCUUUAUUUUCAAUACAAAAUAAUUAAAGUUCAAUCUAAAAUUUACAAAUUUAUUUCGUUUUGACGAAUGCCGGGCAGUUGUCGGCUAGACUACGAGUAAUCCCCCAUUUUUCCUCAGGGAUAGUAGAGCGAGCAAAACGCAAGCGCGCGUGAAAAUCACCCCACGCGAGAAAAGGCGACACGCCCGCUCGCGUUUCGCUCGCUCUACUAUACCUGAGGAAAAAUGAGGGACUACUCGUAGUCUAGUUGUCGGCCACCAUAGUGGUCUAACUUCUUAAGCUUUCAAUAUAGCGCAAAAUAACUUGAAAACAAACUUCCUGGGUAUAAGAUUAAUAACUUUGAAUGAUGAUUGGAGUCACUAAUUGUCACGUGACCUAUUAAGGCACAAAAGCACAAAAGUCUUUUUAGCAAUAUGGCACCAUUUUUAAUUACUUUCUGGAAGUUGCAGUUAUCGUCAUAGUUAUGAGACUAGUGGGUAUAUUAUUUCUCUGUCCGGGCUUUUUAAGUUAAUAUUUUAGACAGCACCGAAAUUCAAAAAUCGUUUGACAAGGGGACUGGGUACUAAUGCAAAAUUCCAUUUAUUUACACUUGCAAUAGUUUAUUCAACGUACAAAGCCCGGGCACAGAUGUCUAAUCGUUCAUCUAGGGACAUGUUUGGUUGCAGUUUCUUUGAUUGACUGCUAUUAUUAAUUAAAUGGUGCCAUUGCUAAUUAAAGUUUUUCUCGCGCAAAAUGGCCGUUAAAGGUCACGUGACCUAAUUUAGAUAUUUUUUUUUACUCGGAAUAGCAUAAACUUUUGAGAGUCAUUAUUUUACUCAAGUUUUGUCCCUAUAGGCCUUAAUCCUCAAAAUAUAGACCACCCCUCGACGUUUUGAGAGAAAAUCGCCUCCUGCCAUGCCUUAAUUUCCUUGAGUAGUUUUGUUAGAUUUUUGGUAAAUAACUGCCUUGAUUAUGAAGGACAAAUACCAUUUAUAGCAAUUUCUUGUAAUCAACAACAGUAUCCUUCUUCAUAAAAAUUAAGAACCUAAUUAAGAACCUAUUUAGCCUAAACUUCCAAUAAGUACUCCAAACUAUGUGUGUGUGUGUGUGUGUAAAAAAAAUGGCGUCAAGAGUUAGUAUCCUGGGCCGUGUUAGAAAUUUCGUCACAAAAGAGGCAGCAACACUAGUACCUGUUAACAAUGCAACGCUUUCAGAUUUUCCAUUAUUUGAUUACUGUGACAUUGCCUGGAGUAACCUUCUACAGCAACAUAUAGAUCGACUACAGCGCCUACAGAAUAGAUCUGCACGGAUUAUCACACGUUGCUCUCGCUCAUCUGAAGCAAUAGAGCAGUGGCACUGGCCGACUCUUUCCAACAGACGCUCUUACCCCAAAGCCGAACUCGUCUUUCUCUGUCUUCACUCAUUAGUUCCUACUUAUUUUUUAUUACAUUUUACUAGAUUUUCGAACAUUCACAAUUAUUCCACAAGGCAAAGUUUAAGGCUGCCCCUACCAAACGUUAAAGAGAGUUUUGGGAAAAGGACCUUUCUUUUUACUGGCGCAAAAAUUUUUAACAAACUCCCUUUAAACAUUGUGAAGAAUGAAAACAUUCAAACGUUCUGCCGCCGAGCAAGACAUUUCUUUUUAUCAUAACCUUGAUAUUUUAUUAUAUUUUAGGCUUUAAAUGUAAUUUUGCAUUGUAUUUUUAGGCUUUUUAAUGUAGUUCUUAAAUUCUAUUAUUGUAUUUUUAUUAGGCUUUUUAAAUGUAAUAGUUCCCAAAUUCUUGAUGUAAAUAAAUUUUCUAAGAUACAGUGCCCCGCCCUAUGGACACCAGCGUUAAAGCUGAAUGGGCUAUCCUGUGUAAAUAAAGUUUUACUUUACUUUACUAACAAUAAAAAUCUAUUUUGCCAAACUUCAAAAAAACUAGGUUCUUCUUCGCGGCGUUUUACUGUUCUCUCUUCCAUUAAUAAAAUGAGUGUAAUAAUAACAGUUAAAACCGUUAAAAAAAAAACAAUAAAAGACGUAAAAGAAUAAUCUUGAAAAAUAAGCACGAUGGCAAUUUUUGUGAAAAUUUCACAAUAUUAAGUCAUUUGAUUCAAUUCUAAAAAACUCAGUUGAAGUUAAAAUGAAGUAAAACAAGAAGCUAAAUAUUUUGAAAAUUAGAACUAAAGAGGUAUCAGAUUUAGAGGGAGACAACUCCAACGGGGGGAUCCGAAGACUGUUUCAAAAACAAACAGAAGGUUAAAACAAAAUUUUAAACGCGGAACUACCAGCUUCUUUUAAAGACGAUUUUUUUUACUCCUCUCUUAUAUUUAUAAUUGGUACAAUUCUCUCUGAUGAACGCCGUGGUACCUCCUUUAUCUAAUUACCAUUAAACCCAGUCUUGCUUAACUCAAAUUAACGUUUACACUGACGUAACUCGUCCCUGAUGACUAGAAGACACUUGGCACGAAACUUCGAGCUGUUUACUUUAUAAACUGAAUAAUUUUCUUUCUUAAAUUUUGCCUUUAAAAACACCUGGGUUGUCCAGUCAAUAAAGAACAAGGCGAGCAAUAUGAAAAUUACUAUAAGUAUUGGCUUCAAAAUAUAAUUCUUACAAUAACGUAAACAGGCAAAACUGCACUUGCAGUCAUGUUAAGAACUCGAUCUUCAGAAGAUGAUAACUGAACUACUUUAUCAAAAAUGAUUAGCUAAUCUUUUUCAUGAAUUAACUACGUACAUGAUCGAAAAAUUCAGGGUACAAAUUACAUAAAUGCAGUCGUUCAGGUCAAGCUAGCCCGCGUUGUAGCCGUCUCACGCGUCUCAAGUUUAACUGACACUGGGCAGAAAUUGCAACAAAUUAAAUAUUAGUCUUAAUAAUAACCUGAGAAUUUUCAGAUAUCCCAUGUUUUAAUUAGAGAACUACCAACUGUAUGAGUUCGGCCGAAAACACGAGAAACUAAGAUAAAAAUUCUCUACUGAUAAAGAUAAUAGCUGAUAAUAGUUAUUUCGUGGAAAUUUUAGAAGAAAUUUCAGGCGAAGGCUGAAAAAUCAAACCAUGCAAUACUCUUAAAUUUACACAACAUUUUGCUGAAAACCUUUAUGAAGCAUACUUUAUGACAAGAAAGGUAACUGCGGAAGCUUAUUAAAACAAACAUUUGUUUUACAUCGAAUUCAUGACAGGAAAAGGUAUAGGUUAAUUACUAUUUUAAUUCGGUGGCAAAUCCUUGUAAUACCUAUGAUCAGGGGCACCAAACGGCAAUUUUCGGGAAAAUAUCUGUUCGGAAGACGAUUUGAGAUCUAGAAUUUUCGGAGCAUUAGUUGUAAAAUUUCUUGCUUGCCUGCCUCUCCUAGGAUUUUCGAACAUCUACAAAAUGGUAUAAUUACUCAUUUUUAACGGAUUUUGACCCUAAAAAAGGCCACCUAGAAUUUUCGGGAGCCUUUUCCUGGCUGAAAUUUUCGAGAAGGUAAGUUUUUAUCCCUAUAAUUUUCGGAUCACUAGAUUUUCAGCUAGGAAAUCCGAACAGAUGAAAAGUUUUUAGGGGAUAAAAAUAUGCCUAUAUCUACCGUUUGAAUACUAAAAUGCGUUCAACAAUGCUAUGUUAAGUGGUUUUGAACUAUAUCCUCGUUGGGUGCCCCUGUAUGAUUACUUCCCCCCCAAAAAACCGUCCCAGACCCUAAGUUAAUGAAUCAAAUAGUACGUGAACACUUCAUAGCGUCCCUUUAAUUUUAAUCAUACCGGAAAUGAGUUAGACAUAAGUAAAUUUAAACUAAAACUUUCAUUGCUUGCAUUUUUAUUGUUGAACAAGAAACUUAAGGGGUAAAUUGAGGUCCCUUCGGGUUUUAGUUAUAUCACUUCUUAGCAACUGGUUUUUACAGGUUCGACGGUGCAUUAGCCAUUUUCGGGUAAAGAGGGUUUUCAUAUGACGUCAUGUCGGCCAAAUUUAUGUGCCAAAACGGCGGCCGUAUAGGUGUUCCAGUAAAAGCUCCAAAUUAACCAAACUGACUUCUAAAGCGUAGAAAAACCAUUUGGGACGCUACCGACGUAUUUAGAAACAUUCGGUCUUUGGGUUCCCCUGAUAUAAUGCUACUAAGAAUACAAUGGAGUGUCUGAAUGGGAGUGACCAGAGUCAAUUAAAAAAACACUAUGUGUUAAAACACUUAAUGUUUUGGCUCUGUAACAUAUAUGAAACAGUUAAAUUUUGCGCAUUUUAACACUAACAGUAAUAAAAUUUCACUGAAACAGUAUUUUUUUUAGAAAGCAGAGAAAGAAUUAAACAAAAACGUUAGAAAGCAGAGAAAGAAAUAAAAACGGCUCCUAAAAGGCCAAUAUUAUUUUGUGUAGUAUAUCAAGGAGUUUUCGGCCAAUUUCCAACAAUUCCCGACAAUUUCAGAAGAUUUCCGAAGACUACGCAAGAUUGCCGAACACGGUAGAUGUCCGGAGACUGCCACAGCCCCUUUUAGCUUUUAUUACCGAUUUCCCAGGAGCAGCUGACAAUGCUGAAAUACUAGGGGCUUUUCACGAAAAAUCCUCCAAACACUUAACAUUAUUUUUUCCGGGAACAGUAAACAACCACAAAAACAACAACAAUAAAACGCUUGAAAUUAUAGGCAAAUAUCACUUAACACUAAACCCCAUUCAGACCCUUAUAAUACGAUUUUGAUUCAGCACAUGAGACUGAAUAUGAUGGUAAACUUCUACUCUCCUCUCUUGAUUUACAGCGAUCGGUAUAACACUAACUUCGUGAUCGAUGUAAAAUAUGACAUAAGAAAAAUUUCUGCUUCGUGUAAAAGGCAUGACUUACAAAAUAUAUAUUUACCUUGGUUAGUUUCAAAACAGGUGGCUUUUUGGUGUGCUUUUCGUUUGUGGUUCGUGAAGUAGGAAACAAAGCCGCGCGAAAGCUGAACUGAGGACAAACGAGGAAACAGUGGAGAAGGGAGCGGGGGGGAAAAGUAGAGAUUGAGUCCGAUCUUUAAACUUGGAGUCUCAUUAUUGUUUGGUGGAAUAAAUUAACGCCAAUGAUGUCACGGCCUAUGUUCUUAAAUACAAAAUCAUGCUACAACUGAAGGAAAAAUCUUCACAAGCAUGUGGAGGUUAGUGUUUUAAGAAUAUUGUACCUGUGCCUGCAAGUCACCACCUUAGUAGUAUAGGGUGCACCGGUAAGUUCCAUCUUUUAAGUUGGAAUCUCAUCAUUGUUGGGUUGAAAAAAUUAGUGCCAUUUUCACGGCCUGUUUUCUUUGAAUCAAAAUCAAGCUAAAGCAGGAUGAAAAGUCGUCACAAACAUCUUUGGUGGUUAGUGUUCGUAGAAUAGUUUGCCUGCGUCCUCCUUAAUAUUAUUUGCACGGAAAGAAACACAACUGGCAUAACUAGGUUGCCGGUCAACGACAAACGAGUUGAAGCGAACCUUAUCCCUGAAAUGAAGUAUCCUACCUCAGUCUGAUGAGCCUGUGAAGGAACAUUCCAGCUUUAUAGGAGGAGUACCCGUUGCGUACUAUACUACUCUCUUUCAUCCUUAAAAGGAAACUUCAACAGCAAAGCUUUCUUUUUGUUUUUAAUAUUCAAGCUCAGCCUAGUGCUUAAGCAUUUCGUUGACCGUGUGAAGCCGGAAACUGACGCCGCGUUGUCACAGGAAGCAUUGGGUGAGAGGGUGAGAGUAUCCAGAUCACCGCUCACGCUCGGAUUUCAGGAUUAAUCUUGCCGAAAACGCUAAACCUUAUUAAAACAGGAUGAUGUGGGAGGAAUGGCCACCACAGGCAGACGUAACCGUACGAGACAAGAAUCGCUCAGAGAGAGUGCUCUAUAGUUAUGAAUUAUCAGUUUAGCAUAACUGUCUAGGGUUUCUCUGUCUACAAUUUGUUAGUGAAAAGCUCUCAGCGAAGAAGCAGCAUGUGACUUGUUUGAUAUUCCAUACCGAUUCCACUUAAGACUGCAUAUGAAAACUUAGAAAACUUAUGAAAAUCAUAAGAAUGGGCCAUAUUCGCCUUGUAAGUUUAUGUCAUCGGUAACCCCUUAUCUUGAUUUCAGAUUUUAGCAUCGUGCAGCUACGACGAUACAAUAAAACUUUACAAAGAAGAUGACGAUGACUGGUAAGUUAUUUCUUUACUGAUAAUAUUUUGGAAAGAUUAAAUUGUCACAACGCGUACAGGAUAUGCUUAUUUUUUGUCCGUUUUUUAACUGUUACCCGAGCAUUUUGCGUCUGGCAGGAUAGGAAACACAGUGGCCACCCUGAAGACAUGGCCAACUUAAUGCCCUCUUGACAAAGUGACCGUUAAGCAUAGGCGAAGACAAUAAAAAAAUAGCCUGUUCGGACCAUGGGUUUGACAGUAAUUAUGCGAAAUGUUUUUCGAGACUUUGGUAAGUGAGCACAUAACAAAGGAUGGCCUUGUAAUACAGGCUUGACUGUAUCUUCAAUUCACUGAAUUGUCCCAAAAUUCUCAGCGGUUUAACUACAAAUAUAUUUUUGAACAUUUGACGUCAUUUCCGUGAUUCAUAGGAGGGUUGUCAAUAGAAAAUUGUGGUCGGUUUCUUGUUAGUUAAGCAUGUGGUCUGAGGUUUGAUAAUACUGACGAUGAUAACUACGAGGGUAUAGUAAAGAGCAUUGAUAACGUUACGUUGUGUGUUCUUUUAAUUUGCAGGUCUUGUUUUGAUACUUUAGAAGGUCACGAGUCUACAGUGUGGGCUAUUAGUUUUGACAAAACUGGUGACAGAAUGGGUUGGUACCACUGAGGUUUCUGUUAGUUAUCACAGUCGCACGUUUUGAUAUGUGUAAUACUGCCUUAGAAUUGCUGUGAUUACAUUUAUUUCCACAGUUUUUUUAAAGGAUAUAAACAACAGCUUUUGACAGAAAUCUUUUAACAAACAACAGCUGUCACUCAAUCUACCUUUGGGGUUCUUCAUGUAAAUUUUCAUAUUGUUUUUAAGUUAAACAUCGUUAUAAGUCAGUUCUCUCGAAAAAAGAGUACACGUUUAAGCUUUUAGACUCUUUUUUCUCGCACUUAACCCAAAUCAGAUGUGGUCCAACGCCUUAACUAUCGUUUUUGUUAUUGUCAGAUGCAACUAGGAAGUCUAAAAAUACUUAUAAAAGGGAAUCACGUCCUUAGGUGAAAAUUCUUUCAAUGUUAUAUUAAGGACAAAUAUAUUAUAUUUCAACAUCUAUUUCUUCACUGCUCAUUUAUUGUAACAAUCUGACCAGGAAGUGGCCAGAUAAGCUGGAUAGGAUCCGCAUUUUAACCAUUUUGGUUUAUUUCCUUUUCCUGUAUUUUUUUUUUUUCAGUUUCGUGUAGCGAUGACAAAACUCUAAGAAUAUGGCAGUGUUAUGAACCUGGAAAUGAAGAAGGUAUUUGUUUAACUCUAUUACAGGGCGUGGUUGCAUUGAGCGCAUAAGUGCGAAUAUACUUCAACCGUUACCGCCUUUUCUGCAGAAGAAUUCGUCGUGCUCUCCGACUCUUGCGUUCAAUUCCCUAUACUAUCUUAUCCGCCAUCGGCCUUGUUAUCCGUGAUACCGAGCGAAAAAUCUUUCGGAACAAAGGAAAUGCAGCCGCAGCAAGUUGCGUUGUGCACAACAAACCCUUCGUAGCCAAAACAGAGUGUUUACCAUUCACUUCCGCAAAAGAGCUACGAUGUUAAGUUCUAUGAAUUUACUUCCCUCUUUCCUAGCCAUAUGCCCCAUUACCUUUACCACUAACGAUGGCAUUUUUUUUGCCUGUGUUUACGUUAAAUGAAGGUGUGCCAACCCACGGAAGUGACCCGAAAUGGAAGACAGUCUGCGUCUUAUCUGGCUAUCACGACCGAACCGUUUAUGAUGUUCACUGGUGAGUUGUAAUCAAACGUACUUUUCAUAUUCUUUAUUCAGUCUGUGGCCCGCUGUUCUGUUCACCUCAUGGUUGCAACCAAAAAACUAUUGUUUCCACGGUUCAGAUUUACUUUGUUUUGCGUUGACAACUGCGAUGUAAAAUGACGAAGUUUUAGGUUCUUUAGAUAGAGGAGGUGAACGGCAAGACGAUAUAAAUAUUCCGACGUUGUUCCCUCUCUUAAGCUCCAACUUACUUUCCCAACUAUUGAGUAACUGGACGAGUUGAAAUAAUCACGAACAAGCUUAGAGGGAUACGAAGCCAGUUUCCAAAGACAUUGUUACCAGCGUUACCGUUGUGCGGUAUCGUAAGGUUCCUACCAUUUAAAGAGUGACGAGUGAAUGGCAGAUUAUGAAGACGUGUGAGGGUGUGGAUGUGGAGAAAAAGAGAGAAUCCUUCACUUCUUCAAAAUUUCACCAUGUUUACAAAAGCAAAGGCUUACAACAGUGCAACAGAUUUAUGGGAUCUGCCCAAGAUUUUGCAUCUUUUGUAAUUGUUUUUCUUAUCUUAGGUCAUUUGUCACUGAUGCCAUAGCGACAUCUUCCGGAGAUGACUGUAUACGAAUUUUUCAACAGGUGAUUCACAAUCAAAUUGUUCUACAGAUUUUGUAUGUUUGGUACCUCGCAAUUUAGGAAGCUUUUAUUUAAAUCCCUAAACUAGCGAAUCGUUCCUUGCUGAACCUACAGAAACGUUUCAACCGUUGAUUCUUUUAACUACUAGGCAACUUCUUGAGAAAGAAAAACGAAAUAGUUCGAUACAGAGUUAUCUAGCAGACUAAUUAAUUACAGGUUGCUUUUUAUUUAUACAUUUAUCAAGGAGAUUAAUUGUUUAUUUAAUGUUAAUUAGGAUCCUUCUGUUGGUGACAAAAAUCAACCGACAUUUCACCAAGUGGCUGUUCAAAGAAAGGUUUGCAGUAAUUUCGUUUAUAUCCUGAGCAUAAUCCAGUCCAGCGUCUAUGACAACCUGACUAAAUUACUCUAUAAUCGUUUUAAUUAAGGUCUUACCCUUCUGGCCCCAGUUGGUCAAAAGGUGGAUAACGCUAUGGCAUCGAAUAAAUCUCUAUCCAGUGAAUAGCGCAAUUGGUUUUCCAAAUACUUAUCCACUGAAUAGUGAUUUAUCCAGUGGAUAUUGCUAUCCAUCUUUUGAACAACUGGGGCCAGGAAGUCUGCACGGUCCCCAUUUUUAUCUGAAGAGCUCGCUAUUUUGAUCACUUGUCUUCAAAAGAUAAUAACGGAUUGGCUGCAUCUUCAGCAAAAAGGGGGCCGGGUAAUUUCUGACAAAUUUCCGACGGGGUAACUCGGAUAUAUAAGGUUUAAAACAAUUUUACAUCUUCAAUGUCUUACGUCAGCAGCAUCGUCUUUUUGAACAAGUUUUUUUUCUCUGAACCAAGUUAACCAAGAUCCUCUAAGGAGUCAGUGUUUCAUUUUUGAACUCGGCUUUGAAACGACUAGACGUAGCGUUUGGUUGUUUCCAAUAUUUAGUACCUCAGUACGAUAUAUUAUCUGUCUUUUGAAUGACUAAUUACAGAAUAAAAGGUUUAAACCGGAUUCCUUUUUUCACCGCAUACAGGCACAUUCUCAAGACGUUAAUGGCGUGAAAUGGCAUCCUAAAGAAUUAGGUCUCUUAGCUUCAUGUUCUGAUGAUGGUACAAUCAACAUGUGGAGAUUUAUACCACAGGAUUAA